GUGAAGAAAAGCGUAUGAUUUUAGAUCGGUUAAUAUGGUCUGAUUCGUUUGAAAGGUUUGUUUCCACUAAAUAUCCGACUGAGAAAAGAUUUGGCUUGGAAGGUUGUGAAAGUUUGAUUCCCGGCAUGAAAGCUUUGAUUGAUAGGUCUGUUGACCUUGGUAUAGAAUCAAUCGUGCUUGGUAUGGCACAUCGCGGUCGUCUCAAUGUACUCAGUAAUGUGGUUCGCAAACCUAAUGAAUCCAUUUUUUGUGAGUUCGGAGGUUCUGUUGAACCUUCAGAUGAAGGUUCUGGUGAUGUCAAAUACCAUUUAGGAAUGAAUUAUGUCCGACCAACUCCUUCCGGAAAGCGCGUACAUCUUUCUCUAGCAGCAAACCCAUCUCAUUUAGAAGCUGUCAAUCCAGUUGUACUCGGUAAAAUUCGUGCCCUUCAAUAUUAUAUGAAUGAUGAAAAAGAUCGUCAUCAUUCUAUGGCUUUAUUAUUACAUGGAGAUGCUUCUUUUGCUGCACAAGGAGUUGUGUAUGAAACAAUUGGUUUCCAUGAUUUACCAAAUUACACGACAGGUGGUACUAUCCAUAUAAUUAUAAAUAAUCAAAUAGGUUUCACUACGGAUCCUCGAUUUGCACGUUCAACUUCUUAUUGCUCCGACAUCGCUAAAGUUGUUAAUGCUCCUAUUUUCCAUGUUAAUGGUGAUGAUGCUGAAGCAGUGAAUUUUGUGUGCCAACUAGCCGCUGAAUGGAGGCAAACCUUCAAAAAGGAUUUCGUUGUUGAUAUUGUUUGCUACCGUAAAUAUGGUCAUAACGAAGUUGAUCAACCUAGUUUUACUCAACCAAGGAUGUAUAAACAGAUCGCUAAACAAACUCCCAUACUUGAUAAGUAUGUACAAAGACUUACAGCGGAACGCACAUUUUCAAUGGAAGAUAUUCAAAAGCAUAAAAAAUGGGUGUGGGGUAUGUUAGAAGAAAGUUAUACAAAAAGCAAGGAUUACAUACCUACGAGUCGGGAAUGGCUAUCUAGUUCUUGGGAUGGAUUUAAGUCUCCUAAAGAAAUUGCAGAAGAAAUUACACCUAUCUAUCCAACUGGAUCUACCCUUGAAUCUCUUAAACAUAUUGGACAAGUCAUUAGUUCCUAUCCAAAUAAUUUCCAUGUGCACUCGGGUCUUGUUAGAAUGCUUAAAGCUCGAGCUAAAUCAAUAGAAGAUGGUGAAAAUAUUGAUUGGUCCACCGCUGAGAGUCUUGCAUUUGGCUCCUUACUUCUUGAAGGAAAACAUGUUCGGUUGUCUGGUCAAGAUGUUGAGCGUGGUACUUUUUCACAACGUCACGCUGUUCUUCAUGACCAGGAGAAUGAGUCACAAUACGUGCCUUUGAAUGACCUUCGACCUGGGCAGGCCCGAUAUGUUGUGUGUAACUCUUCGCUUUCUGAAUUUGGCACUCUAGGUUUUGAACUAGGUUAUUCUUUAGUUGAUCCUAAUUCCCUCAUUUUAUGGGAAGCUCAAUUUGGUGAUUUUGUCAACAAUGCGCAGUGUAUAAUCGAUCAAUUCAUUUCAUCUGGUGAAAAGAAAUGGCUUCAACGCACCGGCUUAGUAGUCUUAUUGCCCCAUGGUUACGAUGGUCAAGGCCCUGAACAUUCUAGUGGACGUAUUGAGCGUUUCCUUCAACUUUGUGAUGAUCACCCCUAUAUUUACCCACCUCCAGAUAAAAUGUCACGUCAACAUCAAGAUUGCAAUAUGCAAGUAGUAUAUUGCACAACACCGGCAAACUAUUUCCAUGUAUUGAGAAGGCAAAUUCAUAGAGACUUUAGAAAACCACUCAUUGUUUUCACGUCUAAAAGUCUUCUUCGACAUCCCAUGGCUCGGUCUACUCUUAAUGAAAUGGUCGGUGACACAUACUUUGCUAGAUAUAUACCAGAACCACAUCCUGAAACAUUGGUUGCGCCCGAAAAAAUUACGCGUCACAUUUUAUGCACUGGCCAAGUUUAUUAUGCUCUUCUGAGAGCUCGUGAACAAAACAAUAUGAAUCAUAUUGCUAUUUCCAGGAUUGAACAAUUGAGCCCGUUUCCAUAUGAUUUGCUAUCACAGCACGUCGACAAAUAUCCAAAUGCUAAACUUGUGUGGGUGCAAGAAGAACCUCUAAAUUCAGGUGCAUGGACUUACAUAGUUCCCAGAAUACGAACACUCUUGAACCACUCUGAACGCCAUAAAGGUAAAGCUGCGGAGCCGGUUACUCGUCCACCAUCAGCAUCUCCUGCUACAGGAAAUAAAGCACAACAUAUACAGGAGGAACACGAACUAUUGUCUCAAGCUCUCAUCGGACAAAUAAUUAAACCAACAGAUGUCGUUUCAGGGGUGCCAGUGUGGAAAUAA